AUGAAUAUCGAUAUUCACGAGUGUAACGAUUCGCUCAAGGCUUUCGUGGCAGUGGGAGCUGAACCUAGCGUGGAGUUGGCGGAGCCCUCGGAACUGGAGUUGGACGAAGUAAAUGGCGGAUUCCUUGUCAACACCGAGUUGGAGGCGAGGAAUCAUCUUUACGUGGCUGGAGACGCGGCCAGCUUCUACUCACAGUGGAAGGACACUCGGAUGCGCCUGGAUCACUACCUAAACGCGGAGGAGCUGGGCCACGUGGCGGGCGCCAAUAUGACCGGCUACUGGCAGCCCUGCAACAUAGAACCGCACUUCUGGCUACGCUUCGAGGACGAACUGCAGAUGGAGGACCGACGAAUACAAGAACAGAUACAAACGUGGAAUGUUAAUGUAUCUGCGCGACGAGACUGUGGUGGGAUAUUACGAGCAAAACCCUCGUACAAGGACAUCGAUCUGCUCGCCGAGUUGCUUGGCUUUGUGGACACCAAGUGCGUGUACUUGAAAGAGGAGGAACUGGUCGAACCGGGCCCUUGUAUCAAGAACAAAAAGAAAAAGAUUAAAUACCACGAUGUGGUAUUUGAUAAUACCACAAGAGACGCGAUACCGAAGAGAGGGUACUAUUCAGAACUGGUAGCGAACAUGAUUAAAGAAAAUCCUUCAAGAGAAAUGUGCGCAAAGAAAAGGAUGAAGUUAAUUUUACAAGCAAAGACGGACAAGCUAGCUCCAAUGCUGGUGUCCCUGCCGAAACCGCAGAAGCCGAAGGUGUUGAUGCCGCCAGGACGUUGGACCACUUAUAGAGAGGACGAUAGCGUUCAAUUUCCAUUCGAAACAUUUGUACCAAAGCUACAGUUUCUUAGCGUGGUACUCCCAAAAGAGCUUCCAAGAUUGGUGAAAAUUGAACGCCUGAGGAGGAAAUUUCUUGCGGCCAAUAUAAAGAAAAUGUUGAGAGAACUCGAAAUACAACCGUUUUGGCUUGUACCGCCAUCGGAGUACCCGAUCACGGAUCAAGUACGAUACGGACUGUACAGUCCCUAUCCUAAGCUAGACUUGGAGACCUUCGAUAACACGGAUUUUGAUUGUAGGACCCCCGAGGAGUGGUUGUCAUUAGGGAACAUUGAAGGAGAACAAUAUCCGUGUCCUGGUUUAGCGUUUAUCCCUAAAGAAGAUGGUUCUAACAGAGGAUCAGGCGACGUUAUACAGAUGCUUAAUAAUUUAUAUGAGUGGAUCAAUGUGGCUAUCUUCAGUUACGACAAGAAGACUGAAAAUUGGGAAGUGAUGGCGUUGGAUGGCUCAAAGCGACGCUUCAAGUGA